UAUGAUAAUUAGGUCAUGACGUCGUUUUUAAUUAAGUUUGAUAUAUUCUUGCGUUUAUUUUCGUUCUGCCACUGAUGGUUGAGGAUUAGGUUUGUGUUGUAGCGUCGGAUAUUUUCUGUUUAUGAUUUUAUUGGGUUCUUGUGGAUUUUUUAAUCAAUCGGAACAACAGAUUUGCUAAUCUCCAAAGAAAUCUAACUGGAAUUUGUGCUGUAAACCAGAAGUAGACAGUUUAUGAAGGAAUAUCGCCAUCACCUGAUUCAGAAGCUGGGAUAGUACCGAUACCGUUCCGUUUAGUACUUGUUUAAUGUUUCAAGAAAAAACGGUUUUGUGUCAGGACAUACCAUUUAAAGGUUGAAAAAAGAUUUUCCUGAAAACGGCUUAAACCAGAUCACAAAAAUUGACGACCAACAAAGAAAAAGCAUCAUGAUCUCCUUCAACAACAUGAUGGCUCUGCAACAGCAGCAGAAACUAAUAACGCAGGCCUGUGAGAUGAGUAUGGACAACAAUGCAGCUAACAUUCAGAUUCAUCAAAAUGGAGGAACUAUUUCCCCGUCAUCUACAGGCUCCCAAAUGGAUGACAACAUUAGCAAGACCAACCUUAUAGUCAACUAUUUGCCUCAGACAAUGACUCAGGAAGAAAUCAGGGCGUUGUUUUCCAGUAUUGGAGAAGUUGAAAGUUGCAAGUUGAUUCGAGACAAACCCACAGGACAAAGUUUAGGAUAUGGCUUUGUGAACUACAAGAAUAUCCAAGAUGCUGAUAAGGCUAUAAACACGCUCAACGGUUUGAGGCUACAAAACAAGACUAUCAAGGUAUCUCUGGCAAGGCCAAGUAGUGAAAGCAUAAAGGGCGCAAACUUGUAUAUAUGUGGGUUACCAAAGUCUAUGACCCAACAGGAUUUGGAGUUGUUCUUUUCACAGUGUGGAAGGAUCAUAACCUCUAGAAUCCUGUAUGAUAACAACACAGGUCUUUCCAAAGGGGUAGGGUUCAUUAGGUUUGAUCAGCGAAUAGAAGCCGAGAGAGCAAUACAGAAACUCAAUGGGUCGAUACCUGAUGGAGCAGCGGAGCCCAUCACAGUUAAAUUUGCCAACUCUCCAAGUUCUAACAAAACGGCUACACUGGCCCCAAUAACACUGGCACCAUAUCUACCCCAGACACGGAGAUUACCGGUAUUAGGACCAAUCCACCACCCAGCCAGCAGAAUCAGGUAUUCUCCUCUGGACAGCCUGAUUCCUACAGCUGCUGCCACAACAGUUUCUACGGCGGCCGCAGGAAAUGCUCUCAGCGGUGCAGGUUGGUGUAUAUUUGUGUACAACUUAGCACCGGAAACAGAGGACAGUACAUUGUGGCAAUUAUUUGGGCCAUUUGGAGCAGUACAGAAUGUGAAGGUCAUCCGUGACUUCCAAACACAAAAAUGCAAGGGGUUCGGCUUUGUUACCAUGACGCAGUAUGAAGAGGCUCUCAUCGCCAUUCAGAGUUUAAACGGGUUCGCACUGGGCAAUCGCAUCCUCCAAGUCUCCUUCAAAACCAACAGCAAAGGAAAGCCCUAAAGUUACUCAGGUGACGUUCAACUAGGAACCAUCUAGUCAUUUCUUAUAAGUGCACUGCCAUACUGUUCAGUAUAGGUAGACUGUUCUGAUUAUACAAAGAUGCCAAAUCCAAUAUUGUAUGUCUUUGUUAUGGUUUUCAUUGGAAAACUUUGAAUCGCUGUUUAAUUAACCAAAAAUGAAAAUUAAGUUUUCAUUCUCUUUUAAUUGAAAUCCAAAUGUCUUCAAAUGAAGCAGAAUGUAUUUAUUUCAUUUUUUUUUUUUUUU